UUAUCCAUGUAAAGUACAUUGACCAGGUCACAAGUCGUGUACGAGAUUUGCACUCAUCGGCUAACUCUGUACACCUAAUACCAGUAUAAUAAACGGUGAUUCAGUCGAGGUAUCAAAGUUUCCGCCUCUUUGUCUCGCAAGUAUCACAACUCGCGUUGUCCCGUGCCGUCAUCACGCUGUAGCACCAAACUCUUUAGUCCCCACAAAGAGACCUUGGUAAGCCUUGUGCCUGAUCUUGUUAUUGUAUUUGUAGAAUUAUUUCGCAUCGUGGUUGUACGUGCAAUCGAGUCAGUGUUGCAAUUUCCAUUGAUGACAGACCUCUCAUAUAUACGAUUGUUUGAAGGAGAGUUCUGGAUGAAACUGAGAAACCAAGCUCGUGACUGAUCGUUCAUGCAGGAUGAAUGAGGCGCAAUAGAUUCGGUUCUCAAAGUGGAGAAUCAAGUCUCUAUGGAUUCGAGUGACCCCGCGGCUAAUGCCGUGGGUAGUUGUGUCGCAGCACCGGAAUACGUUUACCGUCCUCUGACAACUAAGCACAGGCGCGCCGGGAGUACGGGGACGACGGGGGACGAAGAGUACACAACCGACGAGGAAGAGCUCUACCCGGAGGAGGCAGAGUGCCCAACGGGGACGAAUCAUCCGAUCCUCAAGUCGGACCUGGCUCGCGCGGCAACCGAUCUCUUUGGCUACGAGGCGAAGGAUAGUGGGAAUGAUGACGACGAUGAACCUACGGGCCUCUUUGACGAAGACGAGAAACAGUUCCAUUCGACCGAGGCAGCCAAGAGCUCUGGUAAAUCAACCACAUCGAGCACCUACAAUGAAGAGAAUACGUGGGAAGUUGCUGCACCGAUGAAGUCCGGGGAAGAGGCUCAGGUUUACCGAUUCGACGAUCCCUCACUGCGAAACACCGAGUCAUCAGAGAGCGCGACAAGCGAUUCCGGUCUCGAGUUUCGUAUGUGCAAGAGACCCGCAGGUUUGGUACUUGGCCUCACGUUCGGAACACCCUCUACUCAGGUAAAGGAAUUGGCGGUGGAACCGUCGAGUGAUACCCCAGAAGCAGAUGGAUUCUCACACGAUUCCACCACUAGCAGAGUCCUGCAUCCCGCGUCGUCGACGAGACUCGCAUUUACGCAAGCAAGCUUGAAUCCAUUUUCCAUUUCGCUCCACGAAGGCGAAACCAAUGUCGACCCUCGGGGGGAUCAAGAGGCUGCGCUGACGAGCCAUUCGUUGCUCACCUCUACCGCUGCCGAAGUCGAGAAGUUUGUCAAAUCGGAGGUGGAAUCACAGUCAAGAGAGGAGCUGGACAGCCUUCGACGUCGGUCUAAUGUUGGAUGCUCCACAGACUCGUCGACGACGGUACAUUGGGGCAGGGCAGUGACGGAGGUCAAGGAGCACGCCAUUGCGAAACUACAGGACGAGCUGAGGCGAGCGCAUCAAGAGCUCAAACUCAAGGCCGAGGAGGUCACCAGGCUCUCCAGGAUCAGGCAAGACGUCGAAACCGAACUUGAAGAUCUCACCGCCAGUCUAUUUCAAGAGGCACACAACAUGGUGAGGGAGGCGAACGUACGACAGGCUACGGCUGAAAGGCUGCUGGCGGAAAGUCGGAUGAAGUCCGAAGUCCUUGCCGCCGAGGUAGCCGCUCUGAAGACCCUUGUAUUGACAUCGACCCCUGCCAGGCCAAACCCCCAUCUUCAUCCGCAAAUUGACGGUCGGAGCCGCGAAGAGACACCCGGUGGAAUUUUCGCAAAACGGCACCGAAGAUCACCGUCGCACUUUAAUUUGAAGUACGGUCGUGAGAACUCGCCGCCGGAAUCCCCGGUGAAAGAGCAACGACCCUCUCUACCUGUCGAGCCGACCGAGGGUCGUGACUCCCGUGACGGCCUGGAGGUAGAUCCAGUUGUUCACAAGGAAUUCCUCCAGUGGAAGGCCAAUCCCUGCGUGGAUAAAGCCGAUCCGUUCGUCAAGAGAAUAUUUCGCGAGGACAUCGACCUAUGCCUGGACUUUGCCAAUAAGGAUCUCAGUGGAAAAGUUAGGCAGGCUGUCCUUGACGGGAUUGUAUUUAUUGAGGCUGUCAGUGACAAAACCAAAGUUGCCUUCCCCAAGAAGUGUGCACUCCUUGAAGCGCCGCGACAAUGUCACUACCGUAUGAGACUCGGCGAUCAAGAGAACCAUUGGUACUCGAUAUCACAGAUAUGUCGCAAUAGGAUUAUCGCUGUAUGCGACUUCCUGAAUUACCUACGCUACAUCGAACGCGGUCUUGUCAAAAGCUCAGUUCACGACAUUUACUGGGAAAUCACCAGACUUCGGAAAGAGAUGGUCUUAGCCCGUUUAGGAAUGGCACUUUCUUCCUGAAUCGCACAACGAUUUUUUUAGUGUCCUCAUUACAUCGACGCGAACUGAUUUCAUUUCCAUCAGGGUAGCUAGGCAAUUAAAUUGCCCGAAUAAAGAAGGCUACGUGUAUGGGUAAAACAUGUUCGACUCCAGAAUGUCUGAAAUUUGACAAAGGUAUAGGCACGUGCGAUACUAUAUAGUUAGAACCAGUCAUCUGUUGCAUGUGCCCAUAGAUAGACGAUAAGUAUAUAAGAUACAUGUUGCUAAUCAUAAAUAAUCACCUUGAUUUCAA